GUGGAGGCCGCGCUGCAUUCCAAGUCCUCGAGGCGUUUACUCAGCUGAUAAAGCCAACUCCAGCGUGAAACUGAGGGACUCCAUUACCGAAGAUGCGCGCGCCCGUGCCAGAGCCCCAGCCUGGAGACCUGAUCGAGAUUUUCCGCCCUUUCUACAGACACUGGGCCGUCUACGUUGGCAAUGGAUAUGUGAUCCACCUGGCCCCACCAAGUGAGAUCGCGGGAGCUGGUGUGGCCAGUGCUGCGUCUGCGCUGACUGACAAGGCCACAGUGAAGAAGGAUCGGCUGUGCGACGUGGCCGGGAGAGACUGGUUCCAGGUCAACAAUAAGCACGACGACAAGUACUCGCCGUUGCCUCCCAACAAGAUUGUGCAGCAGGCGGAGGAGCUGGUGGGCCAGGAAGUUCUCUACAAGCUGACCAGCGAGAACUGCGAGCACUUUGUCAACGAGCUGCGCUACGGGGUCUCCCGCAGUGACCAGGUCAGAGAUGCCAUCAUGGCAGCUGGCAUCGCAGGAGUGGGCCUGGCAGCCAUAGGCCUCAUUGGAAUCAUGUUCUCAAGAAACAAGAAACAAAAGCAAUGACUUGAAGGGACUCUCUUGUCAGCAGUGAAUUUAUACAUUACGGGGGCCUUCUUUGCUAGAGGGUUUGAGGUUUGGUUUGUGGAUUUAUUCUGUUUUACAAUGAGGCUUAUUUUCACAGAAUAAAAUAAAGCCCAAUGAAGGAGGAU